UCACCUGCGCAGUCAGACUCAGACUCAGUGCUCCUCCCUUAUUUACACAAAUCAUCUCGCUUCUUUUCCACCUGUCCUCCUCCUGCUUUAGCUGCAUGCUGGUGCUGGGUGCUGUUCCAGCUGCACUUGUUCUGCUGCACCAGCCUCAGAGAGCAGCCUCAGGCUCUUAUUUAGUGCUGAAGAGGGUCAUGUGACUACAAAAUGGUGGAGGCUGUUGGUGGGUGAGCUGAGCAUCUCUGGAGCUGCUCAGAAGAACGACGAGAAACGCAGGAACCUCACAGUGUCUGAGGAUCUCUGAAACCUGGAGCAGGAGUGAGAGAGAUUGAAAGGAAAAGAGAAGUGUGUAUCAGCAGUGAUCUCCUUCCUCCCUGCCCUCCGGUGAUGAGGGGAUGGAGCAGCCUCCUGAACACAAGAUGAGCUCUGAGGGGGCAGAAGGCCGACCAGCUCCUCCCACUACUUUGCCACUGAAGGGUGAUGGUGGUGGCUCUCAACGGAAAAAGCUCUCCGCCCCUCGGAUCAGCCUCUCGCUGGAUCAAAGCGAAGACGACCUGUUCGACACACCUGAUGACCUGGACAUUAAUGUGGACGAUUUGGACACACCUGAUGAAGCUGAUGUCCUGGACUAUACGGAUCACGAGUUGGACUGGGAAGAGCCUCAGGAACCCCAGAGAGCUCCAGUGAAGGAGGAGGUUGAAACCAUUCCGACAUACAGCUCUGAGGAGGAGCGACAGGACUCCAAACUCUGGAGGACUGUCAUCAUCGGGGAACAGGAGCACCGCAUCAAUAUGAAGUGUAUUGAACCCUACCAAAAAGUCAUCUCCCAUGGAGGCUACUAUGGAAAUGGUACGAAUGCCAUUAUUGUGUUUGCUGCUUGCUUCCUUCCGGACAGCGAUAGUGAGGACUACCAUGAUAUAAUGGAGAACCUCUUUCUGUAUGUGAUCAGCACGUUGGAGCUGAUGGUAGCAGAGGACUACAUGAUCGUCUACCUGAAUGGGGCCACUCCUCACCGGAGGACGCCUGGCCUUGGCUGGCUGAAGAGAUGCUACCAGAUGAUUGACAGGAGGCUCCGAAAGAACCUGAAAUCCUUUAUUAUUGUUCAUCCGUCCUGGUUUAUCAGGACUAUCUUCGCCAUCACCAGACCAUUUAUCAGUUCAAAGUUCAGCAGUAAGAUUAAGUACGUGAACAGUUUAGCGGAGCUGGAAGAGCUCAUCCCGAUGGAAUAUGUCCACAUUCCUGAAUGCAUCAUCAAAACUUGUCAAGAUGGGAGGGUGGGCUGUGGGCAAGAGGAUCGAAAAGCUGCACAGAGGAUACAAAAAAAGAGGUUGGCGGUUGAAGGACUCGAUGAGGACUUACGGGAAGCAGCAGAGAAUUCAAAAAUCAACAGCUUCCUCCUGGGACCCGAUGUGCCACAACCUACAGCUCAACCCAGUGCAAGCAGCUCCUAAACCAAGGAAGCAAUGAAGGAAUGCAUGGCCAGUGUGUGUAAAAUAAAUAAGAGAUAAUGUGAAUAUUUUGAAAGCUGGAUUCUACACACUUAGUAGGAUUCUACACACUCAAUACCCACUGCCCAAACACACUUCCUCACACACAUCAGCUCAUUAGGUGACCAGUUCCAGCCAAGUAUCAUCUCUCAGACGGGCGACAGAGUACAGAAAUCACAUGGAUCUUUACAUCUUCUCUCAAUAUGCCUUCUUUUUCUUUUCUUUAAGAUAUGCAUGAGAAGCAAUAAUAUCAUGUUGGACAUCUGACUGCAUACAUACACGACACAAUCAUAUCGCCUUCAUAGAAUAAGAACAACACCUCAAAGUAUCUUCACUUCACUACUUUGGAAUUAUUAUUAUUAUUAUUGCAUAAAUGCUUAACUAGUCCUUUUACCUCUUUGUAGAAAUUGAUGCUAUGAGCUGCAACAAAGAUCAUGAUGAAUACCAUGAGGUUACACAUCAGCACUUGUUAAACCUCACCAGCAAACUUUGAUUUCGAACCUCAGGGGUGGACAAAUCUAUACACUUGUUAAUUUGCAGACCAGACACCAGACAAGUGAGUUCUAGUGACCUGCCCAGUUUUAUGUUUUCAGGAACGUUGAUCCAGAAAUUAAUGGCUAGCCUAGCGAAAAAAAACAACAACAAACCACAUGUCAAGCUAGUUAAGCUAGAUAAAUGGAGUAAUACAGAAUGAGACCGUCAAUGACGGUGUAUCUCACUCCGGCCCUGUCUAGUCCAGAAGGAACGAUCUAAAGUGGGCCACCUUGCGCAAUAAAUGUUGCAAGCUAUAUACACUACAUACAAGUUAUAUAUAGAAGCAAUAUCCACCCUAGGAAUACCGACCUAUUUGCCAGAAAGAAUCCAAAACGGUGAGGAAUUGACGGAGACGAAGCGAUUUUUGUUGAACUGCUCAUUAAGGCUUAAUUCGUCCAUAACUUCAUUAAUAAUUGUAAUUAAGCAAAUCUGGGUAGAAGUUAUAUGCACCUUAGGUACCCCUACCUUCAUGCUAGAAAGAAUCAAAAUCGGUGAAGAAUUGAGAGAAGAAGUGAUUUGUGUGGGAACUGCUCGUUAGGGCUUAAUUACUCCAUAUCUUCAUUAUUAAUUGCAGUUAUGCAAAUUUGUGUAGACGCUACGUAUAUGCACCCCAGGCAGACCUACCUUCCUGCUGAAAAGAAUAAAAAUCAGUGAAGAAUUGAGAGAGAAGAAGUGAUUUUUGUGAAAUGUAGAUGAUGCCAGAUGGGCAACACAUGAUGGCAUAAACUCAUCACCUGUCAUCUGGAUGAGCUAAUAAGGGCAGAAACGUAUCCUGGUGAACUACAUGAAUGCUUACACUUUGCAAUGCAAGUUCAAGCUGCAUUAUGAACGUUACGGCAAGGGGGCGCUCUAGUCAGGUAAUAGUAGCUGCUAGCUUCUAACUGUUAACUGUCAUGGCAGAGCAGCAGUUUCUGGUCUGAUUGAACAGUAAGUUGAAAAGGCGUGACAAAGAAACCGUCACGAGAAAAUGGAACCGACUUCGGGUAAAAGAUGAAAAUCUAGCUGAAAUCUUGCUACAGCUAGCUAUAGCUAUUCUGGUAAUGUUCGUAAUUCAGUAACUGUUCCCUGAAACAUUUUAAAUACCCUCUCUGUCACUUUCUUGAGUACUGAGCUUUAUAACCAUCACAGUAACACAAGAACACACAAUAAAUGUAGUGUGUGUGUAUAGAUAUAAACAGGAAUGUGUGUGCAUUAGUAAAGAUUUAGACAGAUGUUGUCAUUUGCGUUCGUGUUGAUAUGUAAUAUUGUAUUUUGUCCCUAAAAGGGAAACGAAUGAGUGUGUGAUUAUUACCGUCUUUGAUGUAAGAAUGUUUUCAGUGUUGUCUUUUGGCCAUCGAUUAAAAACUCAGUAAGUCAUUGGAAAAGGUUUCAGCUUUGCGAUGUCCUUGCGGUUAGUGCGUUUUCUUUCUUGAUAUGCUUAGGCUCUGCGAUGCACUUUAUUUUAUUUGGUUGUGACGGUGUUUCUGAUUCUGAAAAAAAUAUCUUAUCCGUGUAUGCUAAUUAAUCCCCAUAGUAAAAUCCGUUGUACCUUCAGCUAGCCUGUGUGACGGCUGAUGUGUGUGGUGCAGCAGGUUGGUGGGAUUCAGACUGAGCAGCUUGCACUCAAGUUUAAACGCACACACACACACAUACCCCAAACGAAAACUUUUCUUUAGCUAAAAUCAAUAAGGAAUGUUUUUUUUUCUUUUACUGAUUGUUCAAUCUGCUUCUCUGAAGAGGAACUAUGAUUAAAAAAAAAGGGAAUAAACUGGAUAUGAAAUCUGCUUGUACUGAUUUGUCCACUCCUGUAACCUUAUCUUAUUCCUGUAGGGUUUAAUCUUAAAAAAAAAACAAAAAACAGCCAAAACUCAAGAGUUUUGAAAACCUCAGUGUCUGUGUGUGUUCAGUUGCAGUGUUCGCCCCGUGGAAUAUAUACAACAAUCAGAGUAGCUGAGUAAAUCCAGACAGCAUGCAGAUUCAGAUUCCUCUCAUGUCUAUCGAUGUCACUCCACUGUAUGAACACCUUGUUGUACUGUACCUGAGUGUGAAAGUGUGUGAGUUGUUUGUAGGCGUGAUCAUGUUUCAGUUGUGUGUUUUGUGUGCCAUUAGGGCUCUCAGGUUGCUGUAAACAGGAAAUGACCUCAUCGGUGGAUGAAAGACAAUACAACUGUCAAGCACAAAAUCCACAACUUUGUGGUGUGUCGCUGCACUGCAUGUCUCAGAGUUGCUAAUAUAUUAAAAAUGUCAUCAUUUGGAAUGAAUGAAUGAAAUUUAUAUAUAUAUAUAAUAUAUACACAGGGUGUUUCAAAAAAUUUGAUAUUAUUUGAGAUGUAAAUAUCCCCAAAACUACAUAGUCUCGGCAAAUGAAACUGAACAGGCUUAAAGGUGAUAGGCAACGGCUGGAGGUGAAACGUAGAAUAUCAACUUUAUUGUCUAAAAGAACGACCCAAAAAGCGAAUUCAAUCUUCCGAGUGUCUAAUUUGCACCCUAAAAUUGAAUAAAACGGUUAAAAUAUACUGUUUUGCCCAAUUUCCAAAGGUUUGUUUACAUCUCACUUAUGCGCACUUUCACCGCCAGGGGCCCGUCGUCGUGACGUCAUUUAAGCCAAACAGACUGGGAGCAGUUUGGUGUUUACUUGCAAACCGAGCAUACGUGUACAGACUUUGGUCGUGAGAGGUUGUGUAAAAUGUCUGAAAGCGAUAGCGAUUUUGAAGUAGGAACUCUCCAAAUUAAAUAUCGAGAGGUGAAACCGUAUAUGUAUGAACCUAUGGCCGUUGCGAAGCAAUCGGUGAAUGUGACUCACUGGUUUGACCGUGCGGCCUCAGAAUCGGACAGAGACUUGGCUGACUCUGAUCGCGGUGACCCCAGACCUCAACAAGACCCGCACCCAAACGAUUUAUCCUGGUAGUUAUGAUAAAUUCUUACUUUCGUCAUAAUACUAAAUAAGAGCCCUUUUGAAGAAUAAUUAAACCGCCCUCCCUAGUGGAUAUCGGUAACGAUUACUUGACAAUGCGCUGGUAGGCCACAUUAGCCUGCCAUUCGCGGCAUUAUACUAUUUAUAGCCGACUCUAAGCGAGGAAAUAUCCCUUUGUCUCAUUUCCACAAUGAUUGUACAGGAUCCCUCAGGAUUCUUGACUUGUCAAUUGCAAGCAAAAGUAAAAAUGUUUACCUCCAAGCUUCUCCUUUUUGCUUGAGCGUUGCUGCUCCAUUUCUUCUUUGACUGCUUGAUUUUGUUUCACGCGCACAAUCCACUCUCUCCGCCUCGUCUCCUCUUCCGGAAAAAAACCACAAUUCUCUGGCUUCACGCACACAACCCUCUCGCUCCUCCUCUUCUCCUUUUUUGGAAAAAGCCAAUCCUUUCGCUCCGCCUCUUCUCCUCUUCUGGAAAAAGCCAAUCCACUCUCUCCGCUUCUUCUCCUCUUCCGGAAAAAGCCAAUCCACUCUCUCUGCUUCUUCUCCUCUCUCGGUAAAAGGUAAAAACUUCUUCCUGAACCGGUCCCAUUGUUACAGUUCACUGCACAACAAUAAGGCAUGGGGGUUUUUCUUUGGAAAUUCCUGAACGCACGUCUGCACUCAAGCCGAACGGCAAUGUAAGUAAACGGAAGUGGACUCAACUCAAGCGGUUUGUUUGGCUUAAAUGAUGUCACGCGCUGAGUGGUCACAAAAAUAGCCGAACAGAAACUCACCGCGAUCCGCACUAACUCAUUUUAAUUAUUACUUAUUAACAAUACUUCUUGGGACCAGAAGAAAAUUACAGAGUGUUUUUUAACAUAUAAAGUUUCAAAUGUGCAUAAAAUUAAAACCAUUGCCUAUGAGCUUUAAUGUUGAGCAAUAUAAGAUUUAUUCCUCAAAAUUUGAAUGCGAAAUUCAAAGGUAUGUGGAUUCCAUGAACGAUUUCACAAAUUUUCAAUAUGCGCGCCUAACCCAGCCUUCCUCUUUGAACUUUUUGUGCCAUGUCCAUAUCUGCAUUGCAGUUGGUGCAUUUUUCAAGAAUUCUCUUAUAAAUACACGCUGUAUAGUCUUGUUUGACUCUAACACACAAAACGCCUUUUCUUUUCCAGUGAAAGGCAUUUCUAUACCUAAAAAGAUAAAAACAAAACAAAUGAAAGAUAACAUAUUGACCUGUUAAAAAUUUGAGGUCAAUUGAACAAGAAUUGGCAAAGUUAUUAGAUUGUGAAAUGAUAUAAAAUUUUUUGAAACACCCUGUAUGUGUGUGUGUGUGUGUGUGUAUAUAUAUAUAUAUAUA